CUGUACCAGAAGCGGCACGCCUUUGUCCAAACAACUCUCCAGGCACUGUGCUUUUCUCAGGUCUACAAACAGCACUCAUUCCUGUUCAUCUUCUAGGUAGGACAGGCACUGUAGCAGGCAAUGACUGGGCCUACAUUUCAGAUCAUGUAUUAUAUUCAAAAAGCUAUCAGCGCAUGCUUGCUUCAAUGACAAGGAAGGCAUUUGGAGGAAUGAAUGUUUACAAAGCAGCAAAAAACAUGACAGUUGAUCUAGGGCUUGGGUCACUUGCAGCAGAGUUCUGGGAGCAGUCAUGGUUCAACUCCUCCUGUCCCGCACAUGUUACUAGCUACUGUGAAAGUGGUAUAGCCAGAGUUGUUACUUGCAACUUAACAGGAUGGCCUGAGUACCUGGAUGCUUGUGAGUCAGUAAUGAGAAUCAAACAUAUUCAACUGGCAGAAAAGGAGAACACUUUCAUCCUCAGGGACAAUAACCAUUAUUCAACAAUAUAUGAAGCAGUGACCGGAUUGUCAGCCUCAUUGCCAUGGCAUCUCCAGCAACUUGGUCUCCUCUCAUCCAAGCAUAAUCAGGAUCAGCAGAAGAUUCCCAAGGAUCUCGUUUGCUUCUGGUUGCCCUUCAAACAUUGCCAAAAUUACCGUACUAUCUGGCUGCAGAUCUUUGGAGACUAGACACUCUAAGUGGCAAUCUGACACAUAUUACAGGGCUGAACAGCUCAUGGAGACAACACAGGUGGAACUAGAAUUGGGCCAAGUGUCUAUGUAAAGGGGAGGUCUAAGUAACAAGCUGUCAUCACCAGCUCAAAGAAAGAGGCACCGAAUGAAGAACUGAUGAGAAUAAGACAAAGCUUGGAGUAAGCCAAUGAGACUAAUGCCUGCCUCAAUUGUGGCUUGGAAGCUCUUGAAAGACAAAGAGGAAAAACAGGUGAAACAUGAACACAUGGUUUCUGUUAUUUAUUUAAGAUUUAUUUACACUUUCAGUAUCUCAGACCAUAUAGUGUCAAGUGAUAGGAUGACUUAAUGAAUAACUGCCUGCAUCUUUACAUUAUGUGGCAGGAGCCAUGUUUGCUUACAGUAUGUGAGGGGCGCCUGGUUGACUGAGAGUUAAAUCUGUAGUGUGGAUUUUCUAUAAUAAAUGUUUAUUUAUGUGGUAAUAGAUAAUUUGAAGGAAACUAAUCUAACGAUGCCGGUUGUAAUGCCAAGAAAUGUAAGACUCACAUAUAGAUGGCAAUUGUAUGAAUGAAUGUAUAAGGAGUGGGUGUUCUCGGCCUCUGCACCGCAACCUACAGUGAACUAGUGUGCUUUAGAUGGCACAUAAUAACCUUAACACAAAUGCAAAUAUCAGCAAAAUUGAUUUGUUGACAGUUGUAGGACGGUACUGUAGCAAUUAUUAAUCCUCGAUACUUAGUAUUCGGUGGCAGUAGCCAUUUUUAGGAUUGUUCUCGAGGUUGUAGUGCAUUAUAAUGGUGGAAAUGUGUACCCCGCUUGCAGACUGAGAUUGUGGGUUCGAAUUCCUCUCAAGAAAUGGAUGUUUGUGUGUGUUUAUUCUGCUUGUUCUGUGUUUGUAUUGUGUGUAGGUCGUAUAGGUAGUGGCCUUCCGACCGGAUGAUCUCCUGUCCAGGGAGGCUUACCGACUGGUAAGAUACUGAAAAAGUGGCCAAGGUCCACAAGAGCUCUAGAACCUUAGAUAGAUGGGUGGAAUUGAGUGGAAGUUUUUGAUUUAAUUAAUUUAUCCUGUGUUGGAGGUAUGUAACACAUGAGAUUUAUUUGUACUGUGCUGAGACUGAACAUUUUUUAUUUAGUAGUGAUGUGUGUAUUCUAGAGGCCUGAGACACAUCUCAUCCCAGAGAUCUGCUAUCCUGGUGGAGGUGUUUCUUAGUUUUACUCAGCCACAGAACAGUUCCUCAAAUUAGGCCCAGCCAUUUCCUUUGAAUUUUUCAUUAUUCACUAAUGAUCCAUCAUUGAUUGCUAUAGAGUCUAGCAGAGGGUAAGGUGCAAAGUGUAUGA